UGUAUUAACACGCCAUAUUGGUUUUUGUUUCGCCCUACAAGUCGUGGAAGGUUUGGGCGCCGCACCAGUUCGUAUUUCAUGGAAAAUUGACGCCUUUUCCGUGAAAUAAAUAGAUCAAUAUUAAAUACCUUGUUUAGUACAUCGUUGUAAUUAAGUCGAGUGGUUGGUUUUUCCGAAUAGUUUCCUGUCCGAUUCGCGGGGAUCAUUCGCGGUCGGGUAGGUUGUCUCGGUGUUGCGCGGUUCCGAUAUACCUUGGCGUUUUCCCUACGACUUUUUUCCACGUUGGUGUUCCCCUCACGAAGCAAGUGUGUUCAGUCUUAUUUUUUUGGUUCCUUUCAUAAUCAGUGGCAGUGAGGAGAGGUAAGGUGCUACCAGAGUGAAUCAAGUUUUCUUUGGUUCCGUGGUCUUCUUUUAUUGAAUGGGGAAUUUUUUUUCGCAUCGCUCGCUGAUGGUUAGUUUCCUGUAAAUGGAAAAUCACCAUUUCAAGAAAGCUAGUUCUGAAAGGAAUAAGUGUAUCCAUUUGAAGGAAAAUGAGCGUUCCAGAUUGAUGUGAAUCUGUUUAGAAUAUCAGUGGUUAUGAGUGGUUGCGCUGCACAGAAGAGAAAACUUCGGAAUCAAUUUUUCUGUUUGCAUUUUCUCCGAUUGCAUACGAUUCCUCUUUUAUAGUGGAAAGGUAUCACUUACAUGUUAGAUGUGGCCACUAGCAGGCAUUUUAAAAGUAUUUGAAAUUAGGAAAAGCAAGUGAAACAGAAAUCCGCAAAAGCAAAAGGUGAUAUUUCCCACCCAUUUUGAGCAGUGUAUGGAAGCCCGCUAGAAAGUGAAACAAAAUUGCUAACAAUAUCAAGUUCAUGAUAGAGGAUUACAAAUAUCCACUCUUCUCAAUCAAAAUCGAAUCAUUUGGAGAUACUAUCAACUGAAAUAGUCUCUUACAUUCGCUUAUCAACUAGUGUCGCUGUCGUCGCAGUAUCGUCAUUAGGAACCGGAGUAUCCCGUCACUGGUUAGUGGAGUAGUAGCUGUUGAUAGGGAAAAAACGGGGACAGGCAAAAAGGAUAUCCUCGCGAGACAUCAUCGUCAUCGAUAUCAUCAUAAUAAUCAUCUGACCCUUAUCAGAGAUCUCAACAACCAGCAACAGCAACAAAAAAACAACAAAACUAAUAACACCACAAACUGCAAAGAGCCGAAAAAGAAGGCUAGUCGAUGAGCGAGCACGAGAGCGAAGGAGAGAAAACGAACCAGUAAUAAUCAUCAACGAGAAGUUCAAGGAAACGACAGAGACAGCGAUACCCAUGCACACACUGAAGGAUUUUUUUCUAGUAUAGGAACAAGUAAAGUCGUGACAGCAGCACAGCAGGUCAACCAAACACACGGAAAUAGACAGAUAGGAACGGAUCAAGGGAAACCGAAUCAUUACCCACCCGGUUUUCCUUCGUCCUGUUGGUCGUGCCGUUAUCGUUAUCUUGGCAACAUACAGCUGAUUUGCAGCAGCCACAGAAACGCAGAUCGUGCGAGACGGCAAUAAAAGCAACAGCAGCAGUAAAAUCAUCGACCUAUGGUACACUGGUUCUACAGCUAAACCGUAUCGUCAUUCAGAGCAGCAAUUCGGGCGAUGGCGCUUACCAUUAAAAGGGCGACCGGUGUCUGCCCUUUGAGCGCAGCAGUGAUACAUUCGUAGAGCAGGAAGUUGUUUUGAACACGAAACAACUUCUAACUGCUACUUAGCAAUUUGGGUGAGUUGCGACGGAUCCCCCCGCAUGUUUGCUCCAACAGCUUAUAUAUAACCUCAACUACCGGCCCGUUCUAGAAUGUCCUGCAGCGUAGACGGGCUGCCGGCGGGGUGUCGACUCCGUGGCAUGGGCUCGACCAUUCAGAGCGGUCCACUUAAUACGGCUUUAGGUGGAACGCAAGAAACCACAUCCAACAUUGUGCCGCUACAACGACCACCGUCGCAGAAGCCGUGCUGCUUCUGCUGGUGCUGCUGCUGCUCUUGUUCUUGGGCUAAAUGCUUGGCUAUAAAAAACGCAGAAGACAACGGGCCUACGAAAAAAGACCCAGCUAAUUCCGAUACGCUUUUCGACGGUGAACAGCCAAGUCUAGAGGAAAUUCGCAGCUGGGGCAAAAGCUUCGACAAACUGAUGCGGAGUCCCAGCGGGCGAAAAGCGUUCCGGGAGUUCCUCCGCUGCGAAUAUAGCGAGGAAAACAUCCUCUUCUGGCUGGCCUGCGAAGAGCUCAAGAAGGAAACUAACCCCGAGGCGAUAGAGGAGAAAGCUAGGUUUAUCUACGAAGAUUAUAUAUCGAUUUUAUCACCGAAAGAGGUGUCGUUAGAUUCUCGAGUACGGGAAAUAGUUAAUAGGAAUAUGGUGGAACCAACACCGCACACAUUUGAUGAAGCUCAACUACAAAUUUAUACACUAAUGCAUAGAGAUUCGUAUCCGAGAUUUAUAAACUCAUCACAAUUCAAAACUCUGGCACAAAUACCGGAGGGUGUAUCGGCGUCUGGUUCUACGGCGGAGAGUCCUAGUAAUUAGGAUGCGAGCGGGACUGCGCAAAUCGGUAGCUUGUAAUACUAAAUUAAAUUUUAUAUAUAUUAUCAAUGGUUAACGGAUGGGGGGAAAGCUAUAGGAAUGGAAGGAAUCAAACGGAAAAUAUACAUAUUUAAAAGCAUUAAUCGAAGGUUCAAACAAUAAGAAAACGGAGCGAAUGCGAAUGGAGCAGUGUGAAACCAGAUGGCGCAAAGUACUAGAGUUAGUUAUUAAAUAAUUGACGCAGCUGAAAGAAAUCCCAUUAGAAUGAACAACAAAAAAAGGCAAAUAAAGUAAAAUUUUAUAUAAACAUUAUACAACAUGACGAAAUGGAUCGAAAAAGUGUUCCCUCCUGGAGGAUAGGGAAAAGCAAAUUAUUCAGAUAUGAUACACGUAAUUCACUGAUAAUUUUUAGCGUUACUGUAAAAUUAUAGAUGGUCGUUAUUAAAGAAAGAAGAACAACAAAUAACAGAAAUGAAAUAACCCCAGAAAACAUGCUCUAAAACGAUGUAAUCAAUAGCCAAAUAAAAGGAUAACAAAAAAAUAUAUAUACAAAAACGAAGAAACCGAUUUUAGUUCAACGUAAAGAACAAGACCGACGACAAUGAAGCAGAUGUAAGGGAAUUUAGUUCUCUCUCGCUCCCUCUACUAACUCUAUAUCUGUCCCCAUAUCCUCAUCCUGAUUGAUUGUUCUUCUAUUCAAACACUAUAGCUAUAUUAUACGGUUUGAAUUCAAACUUUAGUCUAUUGAAUGGCAAAUCACAAGAAAUGAAGAAGCACACAUCAAAAUAACAUUCUCAGUCAUGCACCCACAGAGAUUUAGUCUCACUAAGAGUAACAACACCUACAAACCCAAGAGCAUUAUUUUUCACAUUUAGAACAGAGAAAACCAACCAAAGCUAGAAGUUUAUCGAAAAAGUGUUACAAUAUUUUUACACUGUCGGCAUGUGGAACGCGAAGCACAAAGUUUAAUGUAAGACCUAAUCAAAUGAAUGAAGUGAUGGAUACAAUUUGUGUGUACCCGAUUCUAGUCCCUAUCGAGACAACCCGAGCGACUAUUCAAUUGCUUUAACGUGUUCUGUGUUCUUUCGAAACAUUUAAGUAUUACCGAUAUUUCUCACGCGUAAGCCUAAAAUGACCACUGUUUAAGCUACACUCAAGUAACAAUCGUUAAAAGUACUACCUUUUGAGAUAUGACUGUUAUUUAUUUAUUGUUCGUUUUCCGCUCGUUUCUUGUAGUGUCUAUUGAUUAGCUCAAUUUUUUACUUAGAUUUUUCUCUGUUACAUUUUUACGAUGGCCUAUUUGAGAUUUUAUGAAACUAUAGAAUGAGAAGCAUAGAUUUUUGCGACCUACUGUUAGAAAAACAUAACAAAACAAAUGAAGAGUUAUUCUAGUCAAAGCGAGAGCGAAGGCGUUUAUUACUUAGGACAAAUGAUAAGCAGACAACUUUCUGCAAUGAGGUCUAAGAAAGCACAAAUCCUUCAGAUACCCUCACAAUCCUACUAUUCAUAUAUUUUUCUAUCGAUCAAUAGCUGUUCAGUCACGGUUCAUACUUUCACACCUUGUUAAUAAACAAACAUUCAUCUGUACGUAGAAUGUUAUCAUCGUUGUUCCCUGCUAGCAAAAACAACGUAAAUAGAACAAAAAAUCCACUGUCUGGCCCAACUACUGUACUACUAUAGAUUAGACUAGACGGAGUAUCAAAUUUAUGAAAGAGAAUCCAUCUAAUGUGUAAGCAUUUCCUGUGCACAGAGCUCUCCGGGCAACUUUCCCUCCGUUUGUGUUCAAUUACCGUGCGGUGAUUGUAGUUUGUCAAGCAAAAUAACUUUACCCUAAAUCCUGCUGCUAGCUUUGUUCAAGCAUUUUCAAGAAACAACAGAAAAAAAGUCAUCAAUCUUGCCUUUGUGCGUAUCCCAUCCUUGCGGAAAGCUGUCCGCCGAGCACUGCACCUUCGACACGCAAUAAAACAAAAAAAAAAAGUUUAAACUAAGGAAAAACAAGAAUAGUCCAACAUAUACAAAUUUGUGUGUAAAAACAUUCUGUUAUCAAUUAUUUAAAUAAUUUAAUCGCUUUCAGUUCAAUAAAAUGUAAUUAAAAGAAGCAAACUUUUAUAAGAUAAACAAAAUAAGAAAUGAGAAAAAAACUCGCCCACAUUCAAACAAAACUUUUAUACGAAUUAAAGUUUUACAAAAAAAUGCGUUUAAACGAUGCAAAAUCAAACGGCGAAACCGAAAUUCGUAGGAGAGCAAACAGCAUACCAACAACCUUUAGACGAUGGAAUUAAAUAAAAGAACUGUUAGAACGUUUCAGUUACACCGUAAUCUUCAUAUUGCCGGGUUGUGUUUCGAGUUUUCGACGGUUUACUGAUAGUUUUUGCAUUGUUUAGUCGUUCCUUUCUCCAUCUGUACCUAAAUGAGUAAGUUUUCUAUAACAUACUUGUAGUUUAUUGUUGAUUUAUUCGGACAAGUAAAGGUAAAACAACGGGAAAUGGAAACUAAUUUUCUUACUUGCAAUCUUUCAUAUAGUAUUUAUUCCAGGAUGAACAGAUAACUACUUUAACAAUUAACUGAGAUUAGCAGGUAAAACAUGAGAUAUCGCAAAACAAAACUUGUUGUUUAUACUUCGAUUUCAUAUAAAAAGGAAAAAAAAUAUUAUAAAACCAAAAAAGUAAAUUAAAUCAUAUGAAUAUGCACCAAACUGAAGCGGUAAAAAGUAAAGUGAAACAAGUAGGUUUUAACGAAUGAAAUGAAAUUUAAAACAAUUGAAAUAAAUCCCCACAAAAGAAAAUAAAACAAAUGUUUAACAUACCAAAAGAAACAUGCGAGUAUGCAUAUUAGUGAUGUACCAAUUUUAGUUGUUUAGAAGGAGUGCUACAAUGAGUUGUAGCGAAAGAGAAACCAAUCACUCGUUUUUAAGUUUAGUUUUUAAACGAAACAUUGCAAAUGGCAACCAUUCGAGAAUGUCGACCAAACAUAGCGGAAGCCCAAAAACUACACACACACAGACACACUCUUAUCAUACUUGGGAAGUAAAAUAUAAAACGUCGUAACUUUAAA